CGUCGGUUUGAAUCCCGGCGGGUGAGCGAUGGCGGUGUUGCGGCCCUUCGACAAGCUCCCGGCGCUCAACUCCGCCACCUUGCUGUUGGUGGGUUCGGACGAAGGGCUCCAGCAGGAGCUGGCGAAGGCGAUGCUCCAGGAGAAGAAGAGCUUCAAGAUUAGCAUUCAUCUUGCUACAUCCCUCCCCUUACCUUCAGAGGGGGAUCAUCUUCGGCCCAGGAUAGAUCUGAUUGUGUUUACGAUUGACAUCAAGAACAAAUACAGCUUGAAGAAUGUCGAAGCUUCCUUAGCUCAUGUGGCUGCCAGCUUCUUCCUGGGGAAAGUGUGCUUUCUUGUCACUGGGGUUGGCAGGGUGAAUUUCUGCAGUGUAGAAAUGAGUUCCAUCUGGAAACUGGGAGAAGUCUACUGCAGUCCUGUGCUAUACUGUGAGCUGGAGUUGGAAUGGAUACGAGUUGCCACUGCUCAGCGACUUCUCCGGAUGUUACAGAUCUGUGCUGGUCAUGUACCAGGAGUUUCUGCCUUGACCUUUAACUUUAUGUUGAGGAACUCUUACUAGCUUCCCAUUGUGAGAAUUGAGGAUUUUUACUUCAGGCAUUCAAGCUGCUUCAGUUGGAAUCACGCUGGGAAGCUUUUUUGCCUAACAUGUCAUGAUCACUCAUCCAGAGCUGUUCCUAGUUGCUAAUCUCUCAAGAAAAGCUUGAUUUCUGCUCAGCUGAUAAUGUAGAGGUGCUGGGGGGGGAGGGGAGUUUGAACUGGGGACUCCUAUCCAUUAUUACAUCUCAGUCCCAUUUCAUGAUCAAGUUUGAGUUUCACCCACUUCGCCAGUGGCCAGGAGCUACAUGUUUUACUGAGAGAAUAUCAGAAAAACAAGCUGCUAGCCCAAAUACUUCAUAUCAUGUUGAGUAUCUUAGUUUCCCAAAGUACUAGAGAAGAGGCAGCAGGUUCCUGCUUCCUUCCAGUUGAAAUAUAGCACCUUGGACUAACAUGAAACCUGCCUCCUAGGUUUUGUCUCCCCACUAAGAGAAUAAUGGGGAAGAAGGGUUGUACUUCAGCGGGCAGUAAGUGAUCCAGGUGUGUGAGUGUCUGCCCAGUGAAGGGCUCAGUAUUCCAUGCCUGGUACCUAACUGGGGAGGAAGGGAGUAAAUAAGGUAAUUGAGCACUUUAGCUUUCUUAUAGAUCUUUAAAGAAAAAGGCUUCAUCUAGCAAACCCAAGAUAACAAACAACCCUACUUUAUUAAGCCUAGGAUAACCAUAUUCUUACUGCAAUUCAGCAGUUUGUUAUGGAGUUGUAAGUUAACAAAAUGUGUACUAUUUAAUAAUUAGCUGUAUGCUGUUUGUUCAGGUAUAUGGCACUGGCUCUGAAGACCUAUGAGCACUUGCCCAGGUUUGCCCGGGCAGGGAGGCUGGUCCUUGCUUGCAGCUUGAGCUUCCAGUUAGUUGGUGGGCUGCAGUCACGGCUUCAGCCACGGGGUGGUGGCAAAAGCUUUUCAAAUAGGAAUCUUCCUGUAUACCCACUUGAGCCACCUUCUCCAAUACGUUUCUUGAGUCGCUGGGAUGUUUCUUACCCAGAAAUGCGUGCCAGGUAGAAAUGAAGCCCAGAGAGAAUGUGUUAGGCUUCCUCCUGGUUUAAUUUAUUUAAUCCCCAAUAGUGUGCUUUAAUGUAGCUAGGUGCAGAGCUUUAGCUGUGUGUGCUGUUUUGCUUAGCUUGUUUCUGACAUCUGUCUGUGAGCAGGAAAAAGCAGAAAGCAGCACUGCAGGCUUAAUCAGCUGUGAGUGUUGGCAGUCCUUGUAAAGACAGCUCAGCAAGGCACAAAGCCUGUAUCCUUGCUCAGAGGACGCACAAAUCCCAGCUACAGUUGUAUCGUUGCUGGCAGGGGACAGCUAGGUUGUUUAUCAGCUGAAACAAAAGGAGCUGAACCAUUCAGCUGUGUUAUGGUGCCCAAAAGGGUUGGACUGGCUAAAACCCAAAGGAGAAAGAAAUAUGCAAACUCUCCUGGCUGUGUAAGAAGGAUUGGAAGCUUAAUGGGCAUGCCCUACUUUCGGCUAGCUUUGUGAUCCUGAAGGUACCAGCUAGGACUUGGCCACCAGAGUGAGGCAGUCAUGCUGAGAAACAAGUUUCUCUGUUGGUUAUGCUGUCUCAGCCUUGCUCUUGCUUUGGGUCCCUGAAAAUAAAUGAGACCAUGGUUUAGAACAGACUGGUUUC